ACCCUUUGCCGGCCAUACAAUACGGCUAUUCUUUUUCCAAAUCAUUUCUAUUCUCUUUCCAAAUCAUAUUCACUGAAAAUUGGCUUUUCUUCUCCAAAUCAUAUUCAGAAAAUCGUUUUUUGGAUUUUCAUCUAGUUCGUUGUUGUUUCUUUCCCAAUCUGUCUCGGUCCAACAACAUAUCACGCACGCAGAGAAACACAGCUAUUUCAAUAUAUUUGAAUCGCUCACAUAUGUCUUCCGGCGCUCCGGCCAAUUCUUGCAAUGGGAGUCCACUACACGGCGGACAGGCCAAGACCAGACGACGUGUAACAGACUUUAUGGACCCCGAUUCCCGAAUCUCCAACUCUUCAGAAUUGUAUGAUGAGGAAGACAAUUCCAACGUCUCCAAUGUCGGGUCCCACCUCCACCAUCAUCACCUUCACCAUCAUGUUCAACAUCCCAUGAUUAGGCAAUGUUUGUUUCGGGCUCGGGCAUUCUGUUGGGUGCCCGAGACUUGGCUUCUCAAGAUGGAAGAAGGCCUUUUAUUGACGCCCAUGAUCGUCCGGUCAUUAGUAUCCGGAAGGAACUUUGGGCGUAUGAUUUUUUUGAUUUUGAUGUUCAUGGCUGUUCUAACCGUGUUCUUCAAGUUUUCCUUCCUCAAUUCACAUGUGGAGAUUAAUGGCAAGAUGAUCGAUAAAGGACAACUCAUCAUACAGACCUUCAAAGAGGAUUGGGCCAUGGCGCAAAGGGCCGUUGCCGAGGACGAAGCCGUCGUCCCCAAGCGCCUUCUCGAGAAAAUUUCUCAGACGCCUGAAAUUUGGAUGAAGCCAAAGAGCGACAAUUUCUAUCAGUGCAUUACUCGACCCAGGAAUCGAAUAAGACGUCGGGGUAAAACAAAUGGAUAUCUUCUUGUACAUGCCAAUGGAGGAUUGAAUCAGAUGAGAACAGGGAUAUGUGAUAUGGUUGCUGUUGCUAAGAUUAUGAAUGCCACCCUUGUUCUUCCUUCGCUUGAUCACCAGUCCUUUUGGACAGAUCCAAGUGAUUUCAAAGAUAUUUUUGACUGGAGGCACUUCAUUGAUGUUCUAAGAGAUGAUAUCGAAAUCGUUGAGACCCUGCCUCGACGUUUGGCAGCGGUGAAACCUUAUGUCAAGGCUCCAGUUUCCUGGUCCAAGGCUAGCUAUUACCGAGGAGAGAUGCUACGUUUGUUAAAGCGACACAAAGUGUUGAUGCUCACCCACACUGAUUCUCGUAUCUCUAAUAAUGGUUUGCCAUCGUACGUUCAGAAGCUUCGAUGCCGAGCCAAUUACGAUGCUCUACGGUUCACGAAGAAGAUUGAGGAUCUUGGGAAGGUUUUAGUUGAUAGAUUAAGAAAGGAUGACGAACCAUAUAUUGCCCUCCAUCUGAGGUAUGAGAAAGACAUGCUUGCAUUCACAGGGUGCAGCCACAACCUGACGGCGAAGGAAAAUGAGGAGCUCAAAGUUAUGAGAUACAAUGUGAAGCAUUGGAAGGAGAAAGAGAUAGAUGCAAAAGAAAAGCGACUUGUAGGAGGCUGCCCAAUGACACCUAUGGAGGCAGCCCUGUUGCUUAAAGCCUUGGAUUACCCUUCCACGACAAAAAUCUACAUUGUUGCGGGGGAGAUUUUUGGGAGAGAUAGCAUGGAGGCCUUUCGAUCCAAAUACCCCAAUGUGUUUUCUCAUUCAACUCUUGCAACGAAGGAGGAAUUGGAGCCAUUUAAGCCGUACCAGAAUCGCAUGGCAGCCUUGGAUUAUAUCGUGGCAGUAGAGAGUGAUGUGUUUGUUUAUACCUAUGAUGGAAACAUGGCUAAAGCAGUGCAGGGGCACAGGAGGUUUGGAGGAUUCAGAAAGACUAUAAAUCCUGACAGGCAAAAUCUAGUGAGGUUGAUCGACCAGUUGGAGGAGGAGGCCAUCUCGUGGGAAGAAUUCUCCAAAGAAGUGAAGGAAUUGCAAAAAGACAGACUGGGUUCCCCAUAUGUUAGACAAGCCGGAGAGAGUCCGAGGCUAGAGGAGAAUUUUUAUGCUAAUCCCUAUCCCGGCUGUCUUUGCAUGAAGUCUCAGAAUCAAACAUUGAGACCAAAAACUGAUGAGAAACGAAAUCAUAAAGCUUCACUGCAGAGAUAGGUUUUAUGAUUUCACUGCGUGCUCGUUGCUUCUUCCGCUAAAUUCGUAAUAUGUGCACCAUUGCUCUAGGGACCUCGCUCUUCUGCGUUCCUCAAACUUGACUUCCAUUUUCCAAGCCAUAAGAAGUUGAAUCAUAUGACCCAGAUGGAGGAUAAUACUCGGAGGGUUUGCUAGGAGUUGUUUCUUUCCUUCUUUUUUAGGUAAAUUGUUAGUGAAUAGGAUUAUGAUAACUGGUAGGUGAGGUAGGGAGUCAGUUCAGAUGUAGUUUUUC